CCAAAAACAUUCUUACAAGUUGAGAUAUCGCAGUAAGCUAUAUUUGUUCAUAUACAAUGUUUUGUUGUUGAUUUAAGACAGCGUGAUAAAUGCUACCUUGAUUUGAAUAAUGCAGAGUUAGUUUGGUCGUUAAAAGGAAAUCAUAAGGCUUGUAAAAAUCAGCGAAGCUAGAGAAUUAACUAUGGCACCAGGUGCUCUAUGGGACGAAGAAGAGUUACAGAAAAGAUCGAGCCCAGUACCUCCGUACCCUGGGUUUGAUUUAGAUGGAACCUAUAGUCCUGAUUGUCCAGUUCCGAGGGUUAAAUGGGGCGCUGAAGACUAUCUGAACAGAAAUAGAGGCUCGAUUGAUAACUGGGCGUUUUAUGGCGAGAGCAUUGCGUCACCAAGGCCUGAACCACGUUGUCCGACCAGAGAGUCCGUUGAUAACUGGACGCAUGGACGUCAUGGAACAAUAAAGCCGAUAAUAGAUGGUUUUGCGUCUCCUAGACCGGAAACUGCCCCACCAAGAAUUAAAACGGAAGCGGAAGGCAUUGCAUGUGUCAGUAGAGGUUUUAGAAUGUGUAACCUAAUUACAAAGUACGGGGAGUUCGGUGCUACUCCCCGAGUUGCCAGGGUGAAACCGGAAGCUGAAGAUACAGCAACUACCCAUAAAGGUGGCCGGAUGAAAAAACUUGUUCACAGUUACGGGAAGUUACCACUCUCUGCACGUGGAGUACCACGUGUCAAAAUUGAAGGAGAAGAUAACGCCGACUUAGAUAAAGGCAAGCGUAUGAAUAAACUUAUUCAUAGUUACGCUAAACAACCUCAGUCUGCACGUGCUGUCCCGAGGGUAAAAACCGAGGGUGAGGACAACGCUGAUUUAGAUAAAGGUAAACGCAUGAAUAAUUUGAUUCACAAAUACGGUCGGACGCCCCUGUCCGCAAGGGCUGUCCCGAGGGUUAAAACUGAGGGAGAGGACAACGCAGACCUUGAUAAGGGGAAACGAAUGGACAGACUGGUGCAUAGUUGUGAAACCUUACCGAAAUCCCCUCGAUCCCCUCCGAGGGUAAAACAUGUAGAAGGAAGAAAUAAUAGUGUUAGAGGACGAGGCUCCAUGGGGAAACUAUUUCGUGAAAUGGGAAAUAGGACUUGUGUAUUUCAACCAGGUGUUAAAAAGAAAUCGUACCUUAAAACUGCAAUGAUGUGAUUGUUUUAAGACAGCAUUUACAACUUUUAACGUGUUUUUUCUUUCAGUAUUAUUCUCCAAACAAUGGUGCUUAUGUUGUUUUCAUUAUUAUUAUUAUUAUAUUGUUUUUUUGUCGAUUUUCUUUUAUUUUGCCCAAAAUAUUCAAUUUAUACAGCUGUAAUUCUGACUGCAGCCUACAUUUGAAAAUGCUUAAUAAAUUCUGUUUUAUCAUAUACGGCGAGGAACCAAGGUUUCCAUCAUUUAUUUUUAAUACUUCAGGGAAUAAAAUCCACUGUUACAACAAAAUAUGUUAAGUGUUGUAUGGCAGCUUUAACAACAACCCCGUA